CGGCUCUCCUAACAGAUGAUAUCAGUUUAGAAUGAAGUGGAUUAAGUAUAUAUUUCUUUUCGCACUUCUAUGUGCUGUUGCAUUGGCUGACCUAGACGCUCCUGAGAGCGACGAUGCCAUAUCUGAGGGCAACGAUGCCGACGAUGUAACUGCACGUGGACCUUUUUCUCCACCUUCUCCACCUCCUCCUCCUCGAACUCCUAGCCCAGCUAGACCUCCUAGCCCAGCAGCUCCACCCAUGCCUAACGGAUGGGGCCGCUGAUAUACCGCGAGUUAAAGCAAUAAAUUAAUUUCAUAAAAUAUUGUUCAAAUCA